AAUGUCAGACAUUUUAGUUUAGACUGGAACGAGCGCAAAUUCGCUCGUUCGACUGCGGAAGUGUAGAAAUCAGUAAAAUCACUAUAUUUGGACAGCAUUAGCUAGUCCAUUCUUGUAGUUAACAGUGUAAUAAUGUAUUUAAAGAGAAAAAGACACGAUUAUAGAAGUGUUAUAUUAUAGCGUAGAUGUUAUUUAGUGGGGUGCAAACAAGUUUGCUUCUCUGAGUGAAAAGAUGCACAGUUGCGAGACGCUGCCGGCACCGGCGCCGCCGGCGACUGGCCCCAACCUGCUGUUGGAGCUCGGCCGCCUUAUCAUCAGAACCCGGGGCACCAGCCCCGCUGUCCGCGCGCCCCCCCGCGACCGCCUGCACGCCAAGCUGCUACAAGCUAACCCCUCCACCAGCCAACAGAUUCAGCAAAGCCAGCCGAAACCGGCAAGUGACCCUCCUGGCCUGGAGGCGAGCCUCAGCGACCACAUCGACGCGCUGUGGAAGGAACACACGCCGAUCUGUAUCGAUGUCCUGCUAGCUCCCGACUGCCCGGAAUGCUACUCGUCCAUAAGCUCCCACGCCAGCUUCGACAAGCACGCGCCGAAAGCUCUGCUACUGGAGCGGUGGACCAUACGACCCCAGCAGCUCAAAGCGACUGCGGCCUCGGCGUCCAUAACAUCCCAGUGGCUGCUGAACGCUGUGAGGUCGCAGCUGCACUUCUCCCAACUCUCUGCUUGGAUAGCAACAUUAAGGCAGAGCCAGGGAGAGACGCCGCGCAGACGCAAGCUAAGCCGCGAAACUUGCAACUUCAAGAAGAUCUCUGGCAACUGUGACGACACCGAGAACCGCAAACUGAACAUCGUGUACACAAUCCGUUCGCUCGCGCAGUGCGCAGCCGCAGAGUUUGCCAACACACCGACCGACCACAACUUCCCUGUUACUGAUAUAGGGAGCAAUGUCUACCUCAAGGUAUUACUAGAAAGCCUACCACGCAUCGAUGAAAUACCAACACUGAAAUGCUCUUGCGCACCCAAACGACGACCCAGCAAAGAACUCUCGACUGGCACUCACGAGGAACUAGCUAAUAUACUUAAUGAUCUCACUAUAUCGUCUAAUUAUACUGAAGAAAAGAAAAUUGUAGAUGAUAGAAUGCACACUACUUGUAGCGAAAACGGAAAACACAAGUGCAAUUGUGAUGACGAGUCAGAAGACAACCGCAGAGCUUCCACUAAUUUAAGUCAAGAAACGAAAAAACUAGACGAGAGACGGCUCAAAGAGAUUGCCAAAUACAAGAGGAGAUUAAGAAAAGAGAGUAAAUUGAAAAAGCUAUGCGACAGUACGUCUUCGGAAGGCGAUGGAUUGAAAGUUAAGGAAACACACACGUCUAUACCAAUUUUACAAGCUGCCAGGUUCGACAGAUUCAGAGCUAUAGGGUGUUACAGAAAUCAAACAUAUUUGACGUUGCCUGCAUCGAGAAUCGAAAGUAAAACACCGUUUGUCGAAACCGAUAGUAUAGCCCCAGCCGAAUUUAAGAAAACUAAUACUAUUGGUACACAAACGGACGAUUUUUGUCAAUGCGGAUGCCCUUUGCAGAUUUUCUGCGAUGGGUGCAAAGAUAAGGAAAGAAAAAUGGUUAGAUCCGAAGCGAAUUAUAACUUGGCUUCUUUGAAUCCCUCCGAUGUACUGUUGGAUGCUAUCAACCGCUGUUCUGAGAACGGAGCUAGGAGAAAAUGCGAGGAUGAUGACAAUGUUAUCAAGAAGCAUAAAUGUGAUAAUAGUGUUAAUUUUAACAGUGAUAAAAAUAGUGAUGUUAAUUUGAUUAAAAGACCAAAAUUUAGAAAGUGUUUGCCCAUAGUUGAUCGUAUAGAGAAAGUUAUAAGUGAUAGGUACAGGAAAACUGAAGAAAUGGAGCUGUUACAUCUCGAUAAGGAUGAUUCUGUGUUCCUAGUACCAAAACCUGAAGCGAAGAGGCAAAAAACUUAUUCGAUUAGCGAGGAAGACUAUGUAUUAUAUGAGAAAUGUGACUAUGGGACGUUUGAUCAUUGUGAUAUGGAUAGUCCUAGUGAAGAAGGUUUUAAAUUCCCUGAUCCGAAGAGGGGGCAAGACCAAGUACCUUCCCCGACUGAAGUCGAUAGAUUCCGUUGGAGAUUCGAUUCUGCUGCUUCGAUGGUUUUUCACACGAAGACUGGAUUACCUUUGACGUCGAGUCCAGCCCCUUUAAGGAGAGGGAAUAACUGUUUUGAUUUCGAUGAUUCGAUCAAUGGAAUAUCUGGUAUUAAGAGUGCUCUAUUUCACCCGGUGCCCGCAUCGCCCCCCGCGCCCGGCACCCCCUCCUCCCCCCCUCCCCCCAAGCAGGAGCCCCUGCCGCUGCCCACCCCCCCGCCUGUGAGGAAGGAGGACACACCCAAGUUGAGGAUCGGACCCAGCGCUGGGCUGCUGGGAAGUUUCGAAGAAUCCGCCUUGAAAGGUCGCCUUGAGCCUGCGGCUACCGUCCACGGCUUCACAGCCGAGCUGGGAGCGAGUGGAGCUUUCUGUCCAGCUCACAAGAGAUUGCCAGUUACUGUGUUCUUCUAUGCCCCCGGAGGGACCAACGCUCCGUACAUGGGCCACAUAAACCUGGGCCCGACAGGGUACCGCGUGGCGCGCUCCGGCACCAUCCAAGUGUCGCUGUUCAACCCGCACGGAACCCUAGUCAAGAUGUUCGUGGUUCUGUACGAGCUGACCACUAUGCCGCCUUUAGCCAGGACCUUUUUGCGACAAAGGACAUUAUAUAUGCCAGCGGGGGCUGACCCCCCCUCGCCACAAGAAGUCCACAAGUGGUUGAGAUACCUCAUUCACCUAAGAUUUAUGACGUCCAAAUCCGGUAAAUUGUAUCUUCACACGGAUAUACGUAUAUUAGUAUCUAGGAAGGCCGAUUUAGACACGGCGACGGCACAUUCCGCUCUCUUCAGACCCAUUCCGACCAAUCAGAAGCCGAACGACAGCAAAACAACCAUUCAGAAACAGGAAGACAACGGUCAGACCAAUCAGGACAGAGCUGUCGAAAUUCCGACCAACGAUUCAAAUCACGAAUCGACCAAUGACAGUGUAGACCAGAAAAUGGUUGUUAGAUCUCCGAAUAGAGUUUUUGGUGGUUGUGGUGAUUUUUCGAGUGCAAUGAGAGAGAUAGGAUAUGAUAAUCAAAAUGGCGUCUCAUAUGAGCUUAGGAGCUUCACGUACGCGCCGGAAAAUCCGAAAUAUUCGCCCCGAUAGUUAUAGUGCCUGUAUGUGUAUUGUUUGUGUAUUAAUGAGAAAAUAUAUUUUUGGUUUUAUA